CGGACCGGUGAAGAGAACGGCAACCCCUGUCCAUCAUUUCUUUGCAUCUAUUUCCCGCGCGUCACCUAUUUUUUCCCUCGUCUCUUUGUCGUCACGUUUACGCGCAUCUUUAUUAAUCCUAAUUAAUUUUUUACAUGUAUAUAGUUUCUCAUCGAGGAUGCGUCGCGGACGCAGUACGGGACACCGCCGCUGACACCGCCAAUGUACCGCCGAUGCCCCGUCCACGCGCGUCUACGUGCAACGCAGCACUACAUCCCCGCGCCGCAGCUUUGACGCCACUGCCGGCGGACUGGCCUCGCGUGCUAGUGCUCUCGGUCGCGGGAGCAGUUUAGUCAGUCAGUCGGCCGGGCGAACACGAGGAGCGCCAGCUCGAGAAGCGGCUUAGACGUUACUUGGACGUGGCGGGCGAGCAACAAUGGAGGCGCGCGGCGACGGCCGACCGACGACGAGGAGAGCCGCGUCCACGAGCAACGACAGUCGCGUACGGAUCACGUGGAGCCGCUGCAAGGAGCUGCUGCUAGACUUUCACUUCAAUUCCGACCGGAUAUUCCACCGGAUCGGACUCAGCAUAGCCACGAAGCCAUGGCUAUGGCUGAUAAUAUCUCUGUGUCUAAACCUCGUCUGCGGGUUCGGACUGCUGCUUUGGAAAGAGGAAAUCGAUGAGGUUGAGCUCUACAUCCCGAUCGGCUCUAUAUUUCGCAAGGACGCCGCCUGGGCGAAGGAGCAUUUCCGCGAUGAUCUCAGACACGAAAGUAUCCUCGUCACCGCUCCCAACGUGUUGGAUCUCGAAGUGCUGCGAUCGAUCAAAAGCAUCGAGAGAGACGUGAAAAAUAUAGUGAUAAAUAAUAACACAUGGGAAGACAUAUGCGCCGGGUACUUCACGUGGUUUCAAGAGAACGACAAGUGGGAGACUAUGGAUAAGUCAGAGUUUCCUGAAGAAUACCUACCUAUUAUAAAUAAUACGAUGACGAAGGAGCCCUGUAUCCAUAAGUCGCUCCUAAAGUUAUGGCAAAAGGAUGGCGAGGAGAAUAUCGACGAAUUGACGAAGGCGGAGAUACUAGAAGACGUUACCGCGAGCCUGCAAAAUAAGAAAACCAAAGAUAUACUCUCCGAUAUCGCGCCGCUGCUGGCGGGCGUCGAGUACGACGAGAACGGCAGGGUGAAGAGUGCGAGCGCGACAAUCCUCUACUGGUCGCUGAAGAAGUCGAAUCCACACUCACCGGAAUGGGAAGUGGAGUUCAUCGAGAAAGUGUUGCACUCGAAUCGCACUCUGCCGCCAGGCAUGGAGAUCUACGCGGUGACGUUGCGCAGCUAUCAGGACAUGCUGCACCAGGUGGUGAACAGCAACAUGACUGUACUGUUCUGCGGCAUGUCGCUCAUCACGAUCUACGUGAUUGUGAUGAUUGGCCGUUGCAACGCGAUGCAACAGCGGAUAUAUCUGUCCCUGAUGGGCAUCUCCGUGGUCGGUCAGGCCCUCCUGUCUUCCUACGGGAUCUGUUACUACUUGGGAUUUUCCUACGGCCCGGUCCACCCGAUUCUGCCGUUCCUGCUGCUCGGCAUUGGCGUCGACGACAUGUUCGUCAUCAUGCAAAGUCUGGAGACCUUGUCGGAAGCGGACAAGUCGUUGGAUAUCCCCGCCCGCAUCGCGAAAUCCAUUCAAGUGUCAGGUAUGUCAAUUACCGUGACAUCGUUUACCAACAUGGUGGCCUUCGCCAUCGGCAUGACGACGGUGAUGCCAUUCCUGAGGUCUUUCUGCAUGUUCGCCGCGACGGGCAUACUGUUCCUGUACAUUUACGAGAUCACGUUCUUCGUCAGCUGCCUCGUGUACGACGAGAGGCGUUUGGCGGCGAAGAAAGAGGGCUGCUGCUGCCGGCCGCGUCCCAACUGGCGGCCGAACGAGUGCAGCAAGCGGAACCUUCAGCGGCUCAUCUUCGAGAACUACGUCGGGCCCUGCGUGAUGCGGACGUGGGUGAAGACGAUCGUUCUACUGAUCACCGCCACCCUGUUGUGCGUCAACGCGUGGGCGAUAUUCCAACUGGAGCAGAACUUCGACCCGCUCGCGUACCUGAACCAGGAGUCCUAUCCCAUACGCUUCGACAAGAAGAUGAAGGAGCACUUUCCGCGAUACGGCAAGAACGUCAAUAUAUACCUCACCGGCGUGGACUACUACGAGGAUCGCCAGGCGCUGUUCGAAUUGGUGAGCGCGCUCAAGCAGAACCCGUACAUCAACAAUCGCACUCUCGACCCAUGGUUCAUGGCGUACGAGAAAUGGCUGGAGACCACCGGCAAAGUGGAAUACAUCGAAGACAAGGACGAGUAUUACAAUAUACUUACGGAAUAUCUGCUGUUCACGGUGAAGGGCCAAGCGUUCAUCCAGGAUAUAAAGUUCGACAAACUGCCGUUCAACGAUUACAACAUUACAACGUCGCAGAUCCUGGUGCAGCAUGUUCCCGUGAGCACGACGGCCAAUCAGAGACGCGCUAUGCAAUCGGUUCGAGAUAUCGUGAAGUCGGUCAACUUCACGAAGGGCUACGAAUACAUUGCGAUUCAUUCGCUCGAUUACGUUUCGUGGGCGUCGAACACGAUCAUUGGCGAGGAACUGAACAGGAACUUGAGCCUCGAGAUAGUGGCGGUUGGAAUAGUGACGUUGGUGCUGCUCAGGAACCUACUCGCGUCGUUUUGGGUGAUGUGCUGCGUCUUGUUCACCCUCAUAGACCUUCUGGGCUCGAUGUACUUCCUAGGAAUAACCAUCGAGAUCUCGUCGACCAUCAUGAUCCUGCUGUGCGCUGGACUGGCAGUCGAUUACGCCGCGCACAUCGGCCUGGAGUUCAUACGCUCGAGUGGCAGUAGACAAGAGCGAGCGAUAACGACAAUCUGCGUGAUUGGACCGGCAGUGUUGAACGGCGGCCUGAGCACAUUCAUUGCCUUCGUUCUGCUCGGUUUCAGCCAGGCUUACGUCUUCAUGACCUUCUUCAAACUAUUCACGUCCGUGGUGCUAUUUGGAUUGUUCCACGGACUGCUAUUUCUACCGGUGAUUCUGAGCCUACUGGGACCUGCCGAGAGGAGACAGGACGUGCCGCAAAAGGCUCAGGCUAUGCAAUAUCACAACGGCUACUAUACCGUCCGCCUAUCUCAGAAUGGGAAAGACACAGAAGAUGCUCUCGGCAAAUGACGUUUAACGAACGUUUCGAAAGGCUGUUUAGGUAAAAAUAUUUUCGUAUGUAUCUCUAGCGUCGAAGUUUGUAUGACUGCGGAACGAAUGCGUGCACACUACGUCGCGAGGACGUAUGCGCCUAUGUCUCUCUCUUCCGUCUCUCUUUUCACUCUUUUAUAGAAAAAAAUAACUAGGAUAUAAAGAUAUCUUUUAUACAAAA